AUGCAAUAACAAAAUUUUACAUUACUUGAUUUAGUAUUCCAAGAACAGCAAAUCCAGAAUUAGGUUUCCAAUAAGUGCAGCAUCAAAGAAACAGCCAAAUUUAUCCCCUACAAUCCCCUCGGUCUCAGUCUUUAUCUCGAAGCCAAUUGCAAUACAGAAACCAUUAGCAAAUCGAUAUUCAGUCAAAUCUUGAAAAUGAUCGAGGACAAAUUGUUAGAACUCGAGGAACGCUUGGACAAUCGGGAUCAAAUCAAAAAUAUCAAUCAACAAUUAAAUUUCCUCAAACCUCCUGACCCUUAUUUUAAGUCUAAACCCAUCGACGAUACAUAAUCCGAAUAUGUCAAAUAAAGAAAAUACAGUUAAUAAUCUGACAUGGAAAUAACAUCUCCCCAAGCAAAUUAACACUAAGAUCAAAAGUCUAUUAAAUCACAAAAAUCAUAGAGAUCUCGCUCCUAAUUGGGAAGAGCUCAUACUGAAAUUACAUAAAUAGAUCCAAAACUAAAAUCAAAUGAGGAAGGACUUAUUUCCAAAAUAGAAUUAUUUGAUAAAAAACUCAAAUAGGUUGUAGAAUAAGUGAAUAAACUUUCACAAAAAGAUGAUUAAUUUUAGAGAAGAAUAGAGUAGCAAGUUUAAUCGUAAUUGAAGGAUAGUCAAGAUAGAUUGAUACAAAACGAUAAAUUUUUCAAAUAAGUUUAGUAGACUAAUUAAGAAAUCACAGAAAAUUAAAGAGGAUUUCUAAGUCGAUCUGCAUAAUUAAGAUAAGAAAUGGAUUAUUUAUCACAAGAACUAACUAAAAUCUAGGAGGAUAACAAGCUUCCCUUGUUAUAACUACAAGAAAGUGUUUAGGAAUUGUAAAAACAAGUAGGCCUGCAUUAAAAUGAGUUGAUUGUAUUUAAAACAAUUCUUGAGUCUAUAGAUAACGAUUUUUUGAUACUGCUUAAAAAAUUUAAGGACAUUCAAAAUGAUUUAGCCAAAAAGAAAUUAAACUCCAGUAUGAGUAGUCAUCAUCAAUAUUUAAAAUGA